AUGCGCCCCACAACUCCGCCGUUGCCGGUACCAAGCACAGUCGAGAAGGAGGGUUUGAAACUGUGGCGAAGUCCCCGUCAAAUUUCGCGACCUGCAAGUCAUGGUACGGACGUGUUCGAAAAUUAUACCGACUCGGUCGUCGCCCGCGGUGCCAACGACCGCGCAAGCUGUUGUGGGACUGAGGCAGGCUGCGAAGAGUCGCCGAUCAGAACCUGCUCAUCGUCCUCAGCGAGCCGGGGACGUAGUAGCACAACAACGGCUGACGAAGACCGACGGAACGACGACGAAGAUAUCAGUCAGCAACGGAGUCGCUACCCGUUCUUAACGGAGGCAGACAGCGCGAGACCAUUAUAG